AUGGGAUACGAUCGGGGAUACGACGACCGGGAUCGAUCUUAUGAUCGACGAGAUCGUGAUCGUGGAUACGAUCGCGACCGGGACCGAGGCGGCUAUGACCGCGAUCGAGACAGAGGAGGUUACGACAGGGACCGCGACCGGGAUCAUCGCGGGGGUGGUCGCGACUACGAUCGUCGAGAUCACGGAGACAGCCGAGGAUAUGGUGACCGACGUGGUGGUGGCGGACGAGGAGGACCUCGUGGUGGUCGAGGCGAACGCGGUGGUCGUGGCGGGCGCGGAGGUCGCGGCAAGGGCCCAGACAAGGCUCAAGAACGAGAGGAGCGCCUCCAGAACAUCAAGCGCGAAGCAUACACUGGUGAUGGUCAGGUCGAGUAUGCCAAGGCUGAUCUUGCUCGCAAGUUUGACGCGCUCAACUUGAAGGCCAAUAUUGCUAAGUUUUCCGAAACCGAAGAGGACCGCAAGCAACAUAAAAUGGCCAGAGAGAUCGCGAAAACCACUGCGGAUAUUCCAGUGGCCAGGAUGAAUGGAGAGCUCACCCGUGGAAAACUGAUCUCGCUGAAGACGAACAACUAUCUCCUGGACUUCAAGAACGACAAGGGCGCAGUCUUCUACAUCUACCAUUUCAACGCAAAAGUCGCUGCUUCUGCCAAGAAAGGUCCAAGCCGAGGGCCUGCUCCAGACGUGAAGAAGGAGAACAAGCGGAAAAUCGUCAACACUCUGUCCCAGAUUUUCGGAGUCAAGUUCGCGUUUGAUGGGGACAAGAUGCUGAUUUCUCCACGGGAGCUUCGAGGCUUCCGCGAAAUAGACGAUCGCAAUGGAAGCGUCUACGAAGAUCGCCACAAUGGAGUUGGUUUCCGCGUCACUUACCCAACUGGCGACAAGGAGGAAACAGCGGAAGGAACUCUCGAAGAAUGCGAACAAAGAGUCGAGAUGAGAGCUCUUUUCGAUUUCAUGGAGGGCGGAGGAGAACAUCCUGCCGAAGUGAUCCAGGCGAUCGAAAUCAUUCUUCGAACUAACCCCGCUUUUCAUGCAGCCGCCAUCUCAAAGGGCCGGGCUGCUUUCUGUCAAAUCGCGAACAAGGAUGCUGAUCGUCGAAUCAUCCCUCGCGGCCGGGAAGUCUGGCACGGAAUUCAUCAGAGUGCCAAGAUCUCCAACUGGAAAGGCAUCGGCACCAAAGUCACUCUUAAUCUCGACUUGGCCUAUGGAAUGUUCAUGCAGCACAAGCCGAUUGCUGACAUUCUCCGUGAUUCGUACGACCCGGAGAACUCCCAGGAACUCGCUGAUUCCCUUAAACACCUCCACAUCGAAGUGCGAGGAGAGGACGGAAAAAUUUACAAGUUCGACGGGUUUGGUCCAAUUUGCCGAGAAACCCGGCUUGGAGAUGAAUAUUCCCGCUAUAAUCCAAAUGGCAACUUCCCUGUUGUCGUUACAACUGCGAAAGCCGGUGGCGGCGGUCGUGGUCGAGGGCGUGGCGGUGGAAGAGGCCGUGGUCGGGGCGGCGGAAAGAAGAUGUUCCCUGCCGACAUGUGCCGCGUCCUCGCGGGGCAAAAACCUAAGGUCAUCUCUGCAGAUGACAAAGCUCAGCUCAUCCGAGCUUCGGCAGAAGCUGCGCCAGUCCGACAAGCGAAGAUUCAAGAGAUCGUCGAGACAAAAGAGCUUUUCGAUGACCAAAUGCUUGCAGACUUUGGCAUACGAAUCAACAAAGAAGCGAUGGGCGCUGAAGGUCGAGUCCUCGAUAUGCCGGCUAUCACUGCCAACGCUGGCCAACAAGUGGACGUUGAAAAAUCCAAGGGCGAAGGAAACGGCACCUGGAAUGUCAACACCUUCAACAAGGCCGCCGUGGUGCCGAUGUGGGGACGAAUCUGCAUCGGAAACCAGAUUCGAGAUCGACAGACCUGGGACAGCUUCUGCAGAAUGUUCGUAGAAGUCGGGAGAAAACUGGGCGUGGAAAUCAAGUCUGAGCCAGUCCUCGACAUCAAACUUGACUCGGGCUUUGACUUCGAUCGAAUCGUCUCCGAGUACGCUGAUAAGGGCAGAUCGCUCAACGAACUCCCAUUCGUGCUCGUCUGCGUCCCUGAUUCUGGCCAUGACUACGAAGUCGUCAAAUCCAUCGCCGAGCUUAACAAUGGCAUUCUGACUCAAAUGGUCAAGUCGAAAAAUGUGAUGCGGCCAGACGAAGCGAUGCUCAAAAACCUCUGGUACAAGCUCAACGCCAAACUUGGCGGCGAAAACUGGCGAAUUGAUGUUCCUCUCCCACCUUCACCAACUCCGCUAAUGAUCAUGGGAAUGAGCAUCUCACACGCGGAGCCCGAGUCGACUGACCCAUCUCUCGUGGGUUUUGUUGCGUCCACGACUCAAGGUGGUACUGGUUUUGUCAACUACGUUCACCACCAAGACCCCCGUCUCGCCAUCAUCCACAAGGAUACGCUCAAGGCCGCCCUCAAGCACCUCAUCGGCCAGUUCAUCACGAAGAACAACGGUGUCAAGCCGGAGCGGAUCAUCAUCUACCGAGGAGGAGCCAGCGAAGGAGCGAUCCAGGCCAUUCUCAAGAACGAGCUCAUGGAAGGCAUCCGCAAGGCCCUCGCCGAAAUCGACAUGUCUUACCAGCCUGGCAUCACCUUCAUAUGCUCGGUCCGAGGCUCAAAGCAGAAAUACUUCUGCGUUAAUGACGAGGACAAGGAUGGAAUGGGUGAGAACAUCCCCGCUGGAACAGUUGUCGCCGGCUACGGAAACGGCGUUCCAGAUAGCUACAGUUUCCACCUUGCUUCACAGGCGGCCUGCGGAACCGUAAAUCCGACCUUCUAUCAGGUCCUGCACGACGACAACAACGUCGAGCUCCAAAACAUGUCCGAAAUGACAUACGCGCUGUCUCUCGCUACCAUGCGGGCUAACCGAGCUACUUCGGAAUGCGCCCCUGUCAGACUCGCUUCCAUCGUCGCUGAACGAGCUCGUGUUCACUGGAAGGGAACCAAGCAGCUCGAAAAUGAGCUCUCAAAGGUCCGAGGGUACUUCAACUCCCACGACAAGCGAACCACCGUUCGCACGAAGUUCCAAGACUCCCUGUUCUUCAUCUAA